CCGCGCAGACUCGCUUCUCCGUGCGAGCCGCCUUCGGACACGCCGCCUUCUCCUCACGCGAGGCAGGGAGCGCCCGCCCGCCCGGCUGCGCGGCCCCAACGCGCGGGCUGCGCCGCCGCCCCGGGCGGGGAGCGGAGAGGAGCGGAGCGGGACGGGGGGGCCCGACCCGCUGUCACCAUUUCUGGGGCCCGGCGCGCUGGAGAGUUCCCCUCUCCGCCUCCAUCGCCGCCGCGGCUCCAGCGCCGCUCGGGGCAGCUGGGGAAGGAGGGGGCCGCCGCCGCCGCCGGGAGCAGCCGCUGCCGCCGCAGGGGGAGGAAGGUUCGCUGCUUCCCCCGUCCCCAGCCGCCGCCUGCGGGCCUCGGGCAGAGCCGCAGAGGCAGGCCCUGUCCACGGUGCCAUCUAGCAGUAGCAGCAGCCAUUACCCGGCCGCCGUCCAGAGCCCAGCGGCCGCCGCUGCAGCAGCGGGGAGAGGGGAACCAGCCUCAACCAAGGCCAGGGCCGUCUGCAUCCUGCAGAAGCCGUCGCCUCUGCCCUGCCUGUCUUCGCUGUUCCUGAGCAGCCCCCGGCUCCCAGACAUGACCGCCAUCAUCAAAGAGAUCGUCAGCAGGAACAAAAGGAGAUACCAGGAGGAUGGCUUCGACUUAGAUUUGACCUAUAUUUAUCCAAACAUAAUUGCUAUGGGUUUUCCUGCGGACAGACUUGAAGGAGUAUACCGAAACAACAUUGAUGAUGUAGUAAGGUUUUUGGAUUCAAAACAUAAAAACCAUUACAAGAUAUACAAUCUAUGUGCUGAAAGACAUUAUGACACCGCCAAAUUUAACUGCAGAGUUGCACAGUAUCCUUUUGAAGACCAUAACCCACCACAGCUAGAGCUUAUCAAACCUUUUUGUGAAGAUCUUGACCAAUGGCUGAGUGAAGAUGACAAUCAUGUUGCGGCAAUUCACUGUAAAGCUGGAAAGGGACGAACUGGUGUAAUGAUUUGUGCAUAUUUGUUGCAUCGAGGCAAGUUUUUAAAGGCUCAAGAAGCUCUAGAUUUUUAUGGGGAAGUAAGGACCAGAGACAAGAAGGGAGUAACUAUUCCCAGUCAGAGACGCUAUGUGUAUUACUAUAGUUACCUGUUAAAGAAUCACCUGGAUUAUAGACCAGUGGCACUGCUGUUUCAUAAGAUGAUGUUUGAAACAAUUCCAAUGUUCAGUGGCGGAACUUGCAAUCCUCAGUUUGUGGUAUACCAACUAAAGGUAAAGAUAUUUACAUCCCCUUCAGGACCCCCAAGACGAGAAGACAAAUACAUGUACUUUGAAUUCCCUCAACCAUUGCCGGUGUGCGGUGAUAUCAAAGUAGAAUUCUUCCACAAACAGAACAAGAUGUUGAAAAAGGACAAAAUGUUUCACUUUUGGGUAAAUACAUUCUUCAUAGGACUGGAUGAAAAUUCAGACAAAGUAGAAAAUGGAAGUCUAGUUGGAGAUCAGGAACUCGAUGGUAUUUUCAGCACAGAACGCUCAGAUAAUGACAAGGAAUAUCUAAUCCUUACGUUAACAAAAAAUGAUCUAGAUAAGGCAAAUAAAGACAAAGCCAACAGAUAUUUCUCUCCAAACUUCAAGGUGAAGCUAUUUUUCACAAAAACAGAGGAGCCAUCAAAUCCAGAGGCUAGCAGUUCUGCUUCAGUAACACCGGACGUUAGUGACAAUGAACCUGAUCAUUAUAGAUAUUCUGACACCACUGACUCUGAUCCAGAGAACGAACCUUUUGAUGAAGAUCAGCAUACGCAGAUUACAAAAGUCUGAAUAUUUUUUUUAUCUGGGAAAAAAAACCACAAAGAGACAAACUUGAAUAAACUGAAAAAGGACCUUUUCAAAUGGCAAUAGAACAUUGUGUCAGAUUACCAGUUAUAGGAACAAUUCUUUCCUGACCAAUCUUAUUUUGCCCUAUAAAUCUACAGGGUUUGACACUUGUUGUCCAGUUGAAAAAGGUUACGUAGCUAUGUUAUGUAUAUACCUUUUUGUGUCAAAAGGACAUUAAAAUUUCAAUUAGGAAAUAUAAA